AUGUCGUCGACUUCGCAAUCCCCCAAAGAGCGCGUCAUCCUUGGGCUGAUGACUUAUGGCCCGGACGAGGAGGCGGGAGCACGCAUUUUAGAACUCGAUGAGUUCAACAGACACCUGGACUACUUCCAGAAACAAGGCUACAAUGAGGUCGAUACCGCGAGGAUGUAUGUGAGCGGCAAGCAGGAGGCCUGGACCCGUGAUGCCAAGUGGAAGGAGCGUGGCUUGACUUUGGCAACCAAAAUCUACCCCGAGGAGCCUGGCACGCACGAGCCCUCCCGGUUGCGCAAGCUCCUCACAAGUUCGUUGAAUGAGCUCGGCUCCGACUCGGUGGAUAUUUUCUACUUGCACGCGCCCGACCGUUCGGUCCCGUACGAGGACACCCUGGCGGAGGUGGACAAGCUCUAUCAAGAAGGGAAGUUCAAACGACUUGGUCUGUCGAACUACGCAGCAUGGGAAGUUGCCGAGAUCUGCACUCUUGCGAAGGAGCGAGGCUGGGUGAGACCUAGUAUUUACCAGGCCAUGUACAACGUGAUCACCCGUGACAUCGAGUCUGAGCUUGUCCCAUGCUGUCGCAAAUUUGGAAUGGACAUUGUGGUUUACAAUCCCCUGGCAGGGGGCUUGUUCUCGGGGAAAAUCAAGUCCGCAGAUCUUGCGCCGACCGACGGGCGGUUCUCCGAUUCUUACAAAUACGGGAAGCUGUACCGCGACCGUUUCCUAAACAAAGCAAACAUGGAGGCACUCAAGAUUGCCGAGGAGGCAACGCAGAAGCACAACUUGACACUCCUGGAGACUGCGAUGAGAUGGGUCAUCCACCACUCGGCAUUGAAAACCAGGAAUAAAGGCGGGAACGACGGUGUUGUCAUCGGCGUGAGCAACUUUCAACAGCUGCAAGGAAACCUGAAGGAUUUCGAGAAGGGCCCGUUGCCCGAGGACGUUGUGGAGGCACUAGAUCGAGCCUGGCUGGUUGCAAAAGCUACUGCCGCGCCGUAUUGGCGAUAG